AUGCAACAGCCGCGAUUUGAUGGUACUGAUGCGGCUAAUUGGAUUGCACGGGUCCAGUAUUAUUUUGAACACUUAUUGAUGUCAGAGGACCACAGAUUGCAUUAUGUGGUGAUGUUGUUCGAUCCGCCCGCUUCGGAAUGGGUCUUCAACUAUCGCGCAAACAACCCGCAUGCCCAAUGGAAGGAAUUUUUGGAGGAUGUGCGUCGGCGUUUCGACCCCCAGUAUUUUCAGAAUUUCAUUGGCCUCAUUGCGAAGUUGUGCCAGUCGGGAUCGCUGGCUGAGUACCACACGGCGUUUGAGACGAUGCUCAAUCGUGUACGUGGGUUUCCGGAAUAUAUUUUGCUGCCUAUCUACGUGGAGGGCCUUCAGCAGCCGGUGAAGAACCAGGUUAAACACCAGAACCCGCCCUCCGUGGCGGCGGCAAUGGCUUUGGCAACUGAAUAUGACGCAACGGUGGAGCGGCCGACGGCACCAGCAGGGGGGCAGCGCCGGGCCUGGCAGAACCGCGACCAGCGGCAGUUCACAACCCAGCAACAGCAGCUGGCGUUGCUGGUGCAACCUCUGAAUCGUCCAGCCCAAUCGAAGGGGCAGGAAUACUCCAAGAUGCCGGUGGUGCGGUUGACGGCAGCGGAGUGUGCGGAGCGCUCUAAGCUGGGGCUUUGUUGGUGGUGCCCGGAGAAGUGGGUUGCGAGCCACUCUUGUCGGGGCAGGUUUCUGGUUAACAUAGGAGCUGAUAUGGACUCGGAUGAGGAUGACGAUGAUCAGGAUGGGCAGGGAGAGACGCCGGUUAUCUCCGCGGAUCUGUCCCACAUUUACGCCCUUGAUGGCAGACAGCGAGAGGAGGAUAUUGAACUGAGAGGGGUGAUCGGCGACUUAUCUCUGCGCAUUCUAGUGGAUACGGGGAGCUCCCACAACUUCUUGCAUCCUACGGUGGCGGAAAAAUUAGCUUUACCACUGCAGCAGAUCCGACCUUUUCGCGUGUACGUCGGUAACGAUGCGUCAUUACUUUGCACUCAUGCGUCCGUACAAACUCGGGUGGUAAUUCAAAAGCAUAUUUUUCUGGUUGACUUACACAUUCUUCAUGUGCAUGGUCCCGAGGUGAUAUUGGGAAAGAUUUGGCUUAAACAGAUGCGCAGAGUGACCAGCGAUUAUAUCGAGGGGACGUUGGAAUUCUUGCGGAAUGGGCGACACGUCUGCCUUAAGCUCGUUCCGCCGUCAGCAGAGGAGGUGUCGCUGAAAACAUUUGCAUCCCUCCUCCCUCUGCUGGGUCAAACGGAGUUGUUUGAAUUGGUCCAACUGCCGGCAGAAGGUCCCCGAGAGGGGUCGGCGGUAGAGGCGUUGGUAUUUCCGCCUGAGCUGCCAGACGAGAUCCGUAGCGUGCUUGAAUCCCACAAGGAAGUUUUUGGGCUUCCGUCGGGAGUUCCCCCUAUUCGGCAAUUCGACCACAAGAUCCACCUAUUGUCGAAUGCGAAACCGGUAAACGCACGGCCGUACAGAUACCCCUACUUCCAGAAGAAUGAGAUCGAGAAGCAGGUGAAAGAGAUGUUGGAAUCAGGCAUCAUUCGACCGAGUCAGAGUCCGUUCUCGUCGCCGGUACUACUCAUCAGAAAGAAGGACAGCUCCUUCCGUUUCUGUAUUGACUACAGAGCCCUGAAUGCGGUCACCGUCCCGGAUCAUUUCCCGAUUCCGACGAUAGAUGAAUUGUUCGACGAGCUGGGCGCGGCACGAUUCUUCACAAAGUUGGACUUACGUUCGGGGUAUCACCAGAUUCGAAUGACCGAGGAAGACAUAUUCAAGACUGCGUUUAGGACUCAUGACGGGCACUUUGAGUUCUAG